CUAUAUUUGUGUGAACGUCUGAGUGAAUAUUGGUUUAUUCCCUCCAUUCAUUUGUCAUCAUUUCUCACGACAUACUGAUCUUCUGAGGCCUACCUUGAACCAAUCCUUAAAUUAUGCUAGCUGGUACACGGUUAUCAGUCAUCUAGUGUAGUUUCGACAUUCUCUUUAUGACACAGGAUAUCUUUUCUGUGGAGAGAAUUCAUGUAUUUCUUAACAAUUAGGAAGGACAACAAAUAAGACUAGCACUUUACUCAACAAUAUUGAGAGCUUGGCUGCUUUAAGACUACAUCACAAGGGUGUACUCUGUUCUGACCUGCGUCAUACUCAUCAUGCAGUACCUGAGCAGCAGAGAACACUGCAUCAAGCCAGUUAUUGAUUCGGCUACACCAUUGAUCAUCAAUCCUUAUCAUCUAUGUCCUAAGUACUGCAUCAAGCCAGUUAAUGAAUUAAUGACCUUCAAGUACCCAAGCACUGCAUCAAGCCAGUUAAUUGUUACUGUUCCUGAGAUUUACCUUAUCCUCAUCCUUUUCAAAGUCAUUAAGAAUUUGCUUGCUUUGACAAACCCAACUUUUACACCUCCUUUCACGAAUAACCACAUUAUCAACUGUUAUAAGACAGCGCGACCCUUGUAUGAAUUCCAUUCGCGUGCAGAGUUCUUGACCCCAAUACUGGAUAUUAUAAAGAUUCAGAAACAAGCAGUAGAGCAGAACCGGGUUCUUCAUUGUGAUUGUAGUUUGAAUAAUGCAAUGAUUGAAGACAAUGGUGAUGGCACCCAUUGGAUGUUGAUAGAUUGUGAUCAGUACGGUGUUGGGGGUACACUUUACCUCCACACACCAGAUCCAUCCAAUGAGUGCUUGGGUACACAAGCCUUGGGAUCAAAACUAUACCCAUCCCCCAUGGUCACGUAUGUCUAUCAGGACGAUCUCGAAUCAAUGUUUUACGUUUUCAUCUGGUAUUCAUUGCAGUGUGUCAAAUGGAUAAUGGACAGCAAGACUCAAAUUUUUCAUCAAUCUGACCAUUACACUAAGGAACUCUCCCGACAAAUUGAUCCCUACUUCAAAUCUCUUCUUCCACUCGCGUUAGAGUGGUAUAACCUUGUUAAAAACCCUAAUCAGUUGCUCUUCGACAACGUAAUUGAUCUACUGGGUAGACACAUCACUGCACUUCCGAAGGAGGACUCCGCUGGGCUCCUAGUCUCCAAAUGGGUAAUUCUCUCAGUGGCAGGUUCACUCACACCACCCCAGAACAAUGAGGAAAGUGCAUCACCACCUGUAGAUGAGACAUGACAGAAGCGAGUGGUUGAUCACCGGUGGACGAUGGAAGCCAUACCCAAGCCAAAAAGGAACAAAACUGAGUAG